CUCCUCACUUCACUUUCUGCCUCCUCGACUUGCAGUCAGACAAUACAACUGUAGCUGACAAGAGAUUGCUGACUAGUAAAGGACCUGAGUGAGACCACAAUGAUUCCUAUUUUGAAGCUCUUGCUGGCUUUGGCCACAGUUUUGGGGGUUGUAGUCAGAGGUCAGAAUCUGAUAUGUGAUGGCAAUUUUGAGAGGAAUCAGCUUCAAAACGCCGCCCAGCAAGCACUAGAUGCCAUUGGUUCUACUCGCAGGGCGACUGCUUCUCACGAGCUAGCAGACCGGGGCCAGCAUGUCUUCAACAACAACCUCCUUAAGUUCCCCCGCAGUGUUCUGGAGGACCUGCUGAAAGAUGUGGGGGGCUACGAGCAGCUGAAUAACCUGAUAGAGGACCUGAAGCCCCUCAGCCAAACUCAACAAGAUGCAAUUAGCAAUAAAAUGGUGGCCCACUUCAGUCCGAAGGACGGUUAUGUGGAUUAUAAUGCAGCUGUGUACGGAGCGUAUGUGGAGGAGCUCCGAAAGGCACUUGUGGCAUACCUCAAGGGUUGUACAUCUAACAACCAAGGUGACAAAUACAAACUCCAUGAAAAGCGUUCGCGGGUGCAGUUCAUCGCCGAUGAGAUGGUGAACCGUAAUGUGUUUGUGGACCCAAUGGCCUGCGAUCACUGGCUGAAGAAGGACCAAAACAAACAUGCAAAACAGUUCAAUGAGAUCAGAGCUGCAUUGAAGAAAAUGAUCCAGAACAUCCUGAAGGACUUCAAAGAAGUGUCCAAAAAGAUCAAAGUCUUUCGUGAGGGAAACAGCUGUAGCAGCUAGAGACAUCAAGAGAUCUGUCUUCUGACCCGGAGUGAUCACUGGGAGGAGCUCUUCUUUCUGAAAUCAAUAAGCAAUGCUUUGGUUUUACCCACAUUCGCUUUUAAAUCACAUGAGCUAAUAAUAAUAAUAAUAAUAAUAAUAAUAAUAAUUUCAACUCUCUUUAGACCAGAUCAUUGCCUUGUUUAAUUAAACCCAACAGGGCUCUAUCAUCUAAAAACUCAAGUAUUUGACAAGAGACCGUACGAUGUCAUGGGACUCUUUUUAUAGUUAAAUAGGAAUAAUUGACCCAAAAAUGAGAAUCUGUUGAUACUUUACUCACUCUCAGACCAUUCAAGAUUUACAAACCCCAUUUCCACAGAAGAGGGACAUUAGAGAAAUUACAGUACACAAAAGAAAAGAUUGUAUGUUUGUAAUGUAUGAUGUGUUUUAUUUGUGUGUGUUUUGUGUUGAAGCCAAAGACAAAUUUAAACUCUCAGAACUGAGCCUUCAAUUACAAAUUCCCAAAUAUCCCAACUUUUCUGGAAAUGGGGUUUGCAGAAUAAGUUUUGUUUCAUGUAUUGAAGCAUUUCUUGUGAAGGAUCUAAGGAUUCUCAAUAGCCUACUUGAUUUAUAUCAUUUAUCAUUUAAUCAUUAUUAUUAUUAUUAUUAAUUGAUGUAAUUUUAUGUUUUCAUAUUUUAUCAUACUUAUUUCCUUUCUAUUGUUGUUUAAUCUUAUGAUUGUGUGGUUUGAAGGGAUGUUUGUCUUCAUGAGAAAGAGAAAAGAGAAUGUCUCCAUUUCAAGGUUUUUAACAUCACUGGACGAUAAUGUGAAGAAGUCAUUUUUCAUUGUUUUUCCUUUGGUAUAAUAAAACUUGGAUUUGUGCUGGUCAGACGAAACAUACGCAACUAAGAUUAUUCAAUAAAGUCUGCUCUUUUAUCAUCA